AUGGUAGCUGGUACAUUGGAGGUCACGUUGGUUGAAGCGCGAAGCCUCAAGAACAUGGAUUUUAUUGUGAAGAUGAACCCUUACGUUGUAAUUCAAUAUGGAAAUCAAAAGCAUACAAGCACCAUAGCCAAAGGACAAGGCACGAAGCCAGUUUGGAAUGAAAAAUUCAAAUUCGAUGCAGAGUAUCCUGAUGGCGAAGGUCACAAAUACAUGCUUUUGUUUCGUAUCAUGGACACUCAGAAGCUCUUGGACCACGAUGUAUUUGUGGGCGAAUCAAAGAUGUAUGUGAAGGAUGUGAUAGCGUCGGGCAUAGAGAAGGGAAAGGCUGAACUUGGAGUUGCGAAGUAUAGAGUUGUCCUUCAGGACAAGACUUAUGCUGGAGAGAUCUCUGUUGCUUUAGCUUUCACCUUGAAUUCAUAG